AGGGCCUCCAGCUGCUGCCAAUGCUCCGGCCCGGAUAAGAUGAAGGCCUGGCCGGGCCCCGCGUCCGCGUCCCGCAUGGAGGUAUUAGCUAGAGAAGACAUUGACCAAGCUGUGCACAUGAUAUUAUUCAGAGAAAACCAUGUGGUAAAGAGACUGGAUGCAUACCUACAGCAUUUGGAUAUUUUUAAGAAGAGAAGAAAAGAGAUAUUAUAUAAAAAAUGGGUGAAAAAUGUUGCAGAACCUCUCCAGCAAAGAAUUAUAGAAAAAGUAACUUCGUUCAGAGGAGCUGAUAAAACAAAGCAAGAUAAUUUUGAAUAUUAUUUAAAGCACACAAGUAAAAUGCAAACCAGAAAUAGCAGAGGGAGAGAGGCCUGUGGAGCAUGUGUGAACAGGAAGUGUGCGCACAGCCAGAACAAGCAAGACUGUUACGGUUCCUCCAUUGCUGGUCCUCUGUUUCAAAGACAGCAAGAGACAGACAAAAUGAAGAGAUGCGGUCCUCAGGAUGGGACAGGAGGGUGGUACUUCACAAAAGAACUUCAAAGAACAGAGAAGAUUAGCCUGCGUGCCAAACUGCCCCAGUUUCCUCUCUCUGGACACAGCCGGCCUCCAGGACAGUGGCGGAAAACCUCUCCAAGAUCCAUGAGAUGGAGGAUACACAGUGCCUGCAGUCCUGAACAUCUCACCUGUGCAGAAAAGAAACCCCUGCCAGGCACAGAGCCAACUUCGGACCCGAGUCAGAUGGUUUUUGAGAGGCAGUUCCGGUCCUCCAGACUCAGCCGGGUGCGCACAGGGGCUGCAAAGGUUUUAGGGGCCCAACAGCAGAGACCCCAAUCAUGGGCACCUGGGGAUCACCGACACAGACGGGGACUGCCACCUGUGGAAAGAAGAGCGAUGACAGCAGAGGUCCUGGGGAAGCACCUGGCAUCCCUGCGGGAGGCGGCCAGGCCACCAUCAGUUUUUUACUGUAGUUAGCUUCAGUCUGCCGUCUUAUAGCAAUUU